GCUCAAUAGACUGAAAGCCUGCUGCACAAUAACCGGACCCUGGGAAACUUUUGAAGAAUACCCACAAAACCAUCUGGAGUCCAAGUUGGAAAUGAGCAAAUGUCCCAGCUUUGCAGUUUUAAGGCGUCAUCAUUUCAGCUUUCCGGCCAUCUUCAUUUAUGGACAUACAGCCAGUGGAAAGACCUAUGUGAUGCAAACUUUGUUGAAAACGUUAGAGCUUCCUCAUGUCAUUGUGAACUGUGUGGAAUGUUUUACCGUCAAACUACUUUUGGAGCAGAUAUUAAACCGAUUGGAUUGCCUUAGUUCUCCCGAAAAUGGAUGUUCGUCUAACGUUGCCUGUGACUCGCUUAAUGACUUCGUCCGUUUGUUUAAGCAAGUGACUCAGGAUCGAGGUUUGGAGGAUCAGACGGUGUACAUUGUCUUAGACAAAGCAGAGUAUCUAAGAGACAUGGAAGCAAACAUUCUGCCUGGAUUUCUUCGGUUGCAAGAAUUGACCAACAGAAACGUGACUGUCAUCUUCCUUAGCGAGAUUGUGUGGGAAAAGUUUCGCCCAAAUACUGGAUGUUGUGAGCCAUUCGUCUUGUACUUCCCCGACUACAGCAUAGGACACCUGCAGAAGAUUUUGACCCAAGAUCAUCCUCCUGAGUAUUCUGCUGACUUCUAUGCUGCCUAUAUUAAUAUUCUUCUUGGUGUUUUCUACACUGUUUGUCGCGACCUAAAAGAGCUCAGGCAUCUGGCAGCCCUUAAUUUUUCUAAAUAUUGUGAACCUGUGGUCAGAGGAGAAGCAAGCGAGCGAGAUACACGCAAACUCUGGAGAAAUAUUGAGCCUCAUUUGAAGAAAGCCAUGCAGACUGUUUAUCUCAGGGAAAUAUCAAGUUCGCAAUGGGAGAAGUUGCAGCAAGAGGAUACAGAACCAGGGCAAGUGAAAGGUCUUUCUGCGCAUGCUCACGUGGAACUUCCUUAUUACUCCAAAUUCCUUCUCAUCGCUGCCUAUCUAGCCUCGUACAACCCGGCACGAACAGAUAAGAGGUUCUUCCUUAAGCAUCAUGGAAAAAUUAAGAAGACCAAUUUUCUGAAAAAGCAUGAAAAGACGAGCAAUCAUCUCCUUGGACCAAAGCCAUUCCCGCUGGACAGACUGUUAGCCAUAUUAUACAGCAUUGUGGACAACAGAGUUGCUCCAACGGCCAAUAUAUUUUCCCAGAUCACCUCUCUUGUGACCCUUCAGUUGCUAACCUUGGUGGGCCAUGACGACCAGCUGGAUGGACCCAAGUACAAAUGUACCGUGUCUCUGGACUUCAUCCGAGCUAUUGCAAGGACGGUGAACUUCGACAUAAUAAAAUACUUGUACGAUUUCUUGUGAACACGAGGGACCGGGACCGGACCGGGCCGCCUCCCUCCACCGCCGUCGGUGUCCGGGGUCGGAGGAGUUCUGGCUCUCUGGAUUUGUCUCAACAGGUGCCCGCCCAGCGUGGGCCCCGAUGGAGCGGACCGGAGGACUAGCUCCCGGGGCCCCUGGAGGAUUUGGAAGCGACAUGUCCAUUAGGAGCAGCAGGGCCUAAGCACAAUCUGUUCUCCUCUUAAUGUUAUGUUAACACCGAAAUAGCCCAAAAUCCACAUCCUUAGGACUGCGGUUCGCUCUCCCAACUCUCCCUUGUGCCUGGAACAUGCCGACGACUCCCGUUUCUGCGCCUGACCUUCCCCCCUCCCCUCUCUCUGUGGUUGGCCGCCGAAGCGGCUUUCCCUCGGGCUGCCACGUUAAGGUCUGGGGCUAGCAAAAUACAAUAAAUGUCAGCACGCGUUGAAAUCCCA